UAAAAUGUUUAUUGCCAAAAGGUUAGACAAAAUUUUAUACAUUACACCUAACUUUUUUAUUCGUUUAUCGAUUUAUAAACAUUAACAGUUUGUGAGUGGUUUUCUGUUUUUGAUAAAAAUGUUAAAACGAAACUAUAUAAUACAAAAUACGCAUAAUAAAUUAAUUGACAAUCAAUUAAGAUAAAUAAAGAAAUGUAAAAUAUCUGAUAUCGCGAAAUUAUGCGUGUUACUUUGAUACUGUUAAUCAUCGCAGACAUAUCGGUAGCUGGAAGAUUAUCCUUGUCAAAUCUUCGAAAAUCAUAUUUUUACAAGACUCGUUAUCCUCGUAACAUGCCGCGUCCUCGGGUGCUCCACGGCCAGUCGGCUGCCAAGGAUGAAUAUCCUUAUGUGGUCUCACUUAUAAUUGAAGAACCAGACAAAGUCAAAUAUAGGUCAUGCACAGGAUCACUAAUUACAGAUAAAUGGAUUCUUACGGCGGGACACUGUAUUGUACCCGAUUUGAAAUUUGUAAAAUGUGGUAAUAUGAGCAUAUCUUGGCAGAAAACGGAAUGUAAAUCGGAAAUUUUAGAAAAGAUAUCACAUCCGUCAUAUUUCCAGACCGGUUUUCUUACUAUCGCAGAUAUUGGUUUAGUACGAAUUAAUGAAGUUAUGAAGGGCAGAGCAGGAAGACUGCACGCAGCCGACGGAAAAACACUUUUAGGUCGUGCGGUGCGCUUCGCUGGCUUCGGAAUGACAUACUACUCAUACGAUUUUGGCCCUAAACCAUUCGAAGACUUAGAAGCCGAAGACGAAACAAGAGAAAUACAGACAGGAGACGGCGUAAUAUUUGACGUUAAUGAUUUUCUAGUGAUCGCUCCGAAAUGUAUUAACAUACGCCAUGGACCCUAUUUUGGCGAUUCUGGUGGACCAUUAUUUGUGGAUGGCAAGAUUGCGGGCGUGUUGUCAACAGGACUCCAUGAUCACAGAGAUUCUAAGACAUUAGUGAAUCGCAAACACCCGGAACAUAAUUUUUAUACACCUAUCAGCGUUUAUCUAGAUUGGAUAAGGCUGACCAUUAACAAUACCUAAUAAUUUUAAGUAAACAUAUAAUUUAUUACUGCAAUAUUGUCACUUAACGAACCCAGAAGCCAUUUCUUGUUUGAAGAUUCGUGAUCACUGGUUUCAUAAAAUAUUACAUUGAUAUUAUUAACGUAUGCAGAGAAUCUAAAAGAUAAUUUUCUAAAAAAAUAUAUUGAAAACGGAUAUCAAUCAUCCUGCUUUUAAAUAUUUUAUUUGCAAAUGUUUGUCUGUCUUAUUAUUUAAUUCAUAAAAUAGCCCUAUGGCUAAAAAAGAAUUUGCUCCGUUACAGCCACAUCAACAAGGUUUUGGUACACCGUUUAGUUUGGAAGUUACAUUUUCCAUUACUAGAGCAUUUUUUAUCGAGGAUGGCUACUAAUGAAAUUGUCAUUAUGUCAAAAACGCGUUGAAAGAGUUCAUCAUCAAAAAUACGAACUGCCCGAAAGCCAAAAACCAGGACCGAUUUGACCACUGCAUUUUUAUAUUUAAAAUUUAUCAUGAAUCGUAAAAAUUGGAGCACUAGAAAUUUUGUCCCAACCAAAUGGAAAAUUGAAAAAAAGGCAAUAAAUUUUAAAUAAUAAAAAUAUACUACUUUAUUUUUUUAUUGA